UCCACCGGAACUGGCCGUAGGGCGCCUUCACUAACUGUGCGUGGACGGAGAACUCUGCGAUUCGACUCUUUGGUCCUGCCAUCCUCCUGGUCCGACAUCAUGGGAGUGACCUGUGUGUCCCAGAUGCCUGUGGCUGAGGGCAAGAGUGUCCAGCAGACCGUGGAGCUCCUCACCCGGAAGCUGGAGGUGCUUGGGGCAGAGAAGCAAGGAACGUUUUGUGUAGACUGUGAGACCUAUCACACGGCUGCUUCUACCCUUGGCAGCCAAGGUCAGACUGGGAAGCUGAUGUACGUGAUGCACAAUUCAGAAUACCCUUUGAGCUGCUUCGCCCUCUUUGAGAAUGGCCCUUGCCUUAUUGCCGACACCAACUUUGAUGUGCUCAUGGUGAAGCUCAAGGGCUUCUUCCAGAGUGCCAAGGCCAGCAAGAUCGAGACCCGGGGCACCCGUUACCAGUACUGUGACUUCCUAGUGAAGGUGGGCACGGUCACAAUGGGGCCCAGUGCCCGAGGCAUCUCUGUGGAGGUGGAAUAUGGCCCGUGUGUGGUAGCUAGUGACUGCUGGAGUCUGCUGCUCGAAUUCCUACAGAGUUUUCUAGGCAGCCACACACCGGGGGCUCCCGCAGUGUUUGGCAACAGACACGACACAGUCUACGGCCCAGCAGAUACCAUGGUCCAGUACAUGGAACUCUUCAACAAGAUUCGCAAGCAGCAGCAGGUGCCAGUGGCUGGGAUUCGUUAGUGACUGGCAGCUGCAUGGUUGGGCUCCGUCACCAAGGGACUCCACAGGAGGCGCAGAUUCUUUGGAUGGGACGAAAACUUGAAAGGACCUCUAGUUUAUCCAGCAACUUCAGUCAAUAUCCCACUUAAAUCAUUCCAGGGAGAAGGAGGAGGAGGUUGGCCAGAGAAGAGAACUGAUUAAUUUGUGUGAGAAACAUCAGUCAUAUUUUUGAGUCAGAAAUGUCUGGAAUGGCAACAAA